ACCAACAUCUGUGAUUUACGUGUAACGGUUUGUCCGGAAUUUCUAUUCAAAGUGGAUUUUGACAGUUGGCUUUUACACGCUCGUAAAAAGUAACUCAAAAUUGAGUUUAAUCCCACCCAUUUCCAGAUAAAGUGGAACAACCCUUAAAUUGAGUAAUUGCAGAGUUACUCAAAUUUGAGCAAGCCUGCCUGAACCAAAAACUGAGUAAUUAUUACUCGGUUUUUGAGUACAAUAUAAUCCACACUAAACCUAAAAGUGCGUCACUAUUACUCAGAUUUUGAGUUGAAAAUUACUCAAAUUUUGAGUUCAGUACAACUUUAAUAAAACCAAAAAUUGAGUGAUUAUUACUCAGACUUUGAGUUGAACAUUACUCAAAUUUUGGGUUCAGUAGAACUUUAACAAAACCAAAAAUUGAGCGAUUAUUACUCAUAUUAUGAGCAGAAGCUUACCCAAUUUUUGAGUAGACAAAAAAGCCAAAAAUUGAGUUGAAAUUUCUCAGAGUUUGGGUAGAAUGAUACUCAAUUUAUGAGUGCAAUAUUUCAUUAAAACCCAGUAAAGUUCAGCCAGAAAUGAGUCAGAAUUCCAGCUGGUUCCAGUUAGUAUUCCGGCUCCAGUGAUACAAACGAUUCUAGUUAGAAUAGGUUGUGUCACUGGAGCUUGAAUACUAACUGGAGCCAGCCGGAAUCCGGCUCAUUUCCGGCUGAACUUUACUGGGAAACACCCGGAUCAUGACUUGGAAUUCUAAAUCAUUUCAUUCCGGAGUUCAACCAACGACACGACCUGAAACUUCAAGGAAAAUUCCGAAGAAAAAUGGUACGAGAAAUGUACUACCAGUUACCAGUACAUUGAGCGACCCCUAGGAUAUGACGAAAAAUGAAUUUAUAGCGCAACACUAUUUCGAUUUUCUCAAUGUUGACAUGCGUAUCCUAUAGCAAUCGACAAUCCGUAACAGGAAAGAAAACAAACCUUCAAACGCCUAAAAAAUCCGAAAAUAAAAAAUUAUAUCAAGCUCGGUGAAACGUUUUCCCGGAAAUGGUCAACAAUCUAGGUAAUUUAAACUCCAACUUAUUACUUUCCUCUAAAGGACACUCUCAAUUUCAGAGUAAUGUGACGCCUGGAAAUGAUAACCGGCAUACAUUAAAAGACCAGAUACAACCUGCCCAUGCCAGAGAUGCAGUUCUCCAGUUUUUUGUACCGUUUCCACUAUCCAUGACAUGUUACGCUGUUGUUUUAUGCUGUUGCCAUUUUUGGAUCCGUUUCAGGGUAGAUUUGUUCGAUACCGUCAUUUUUGUAUGAACUUUGUGGGGAUUAGUGCAAACCUACUCUGUCUCGGAUCCAAACCUUAAUUCAGCAAUAGCUUCUGUUAUUUGCGUAUCGCGAUAACAAGAAAGACUGUAGAAAUAAUUUUCCGAAUCCGUAGCGACCUUUAUUCGUGCGAAGUUUUGUCGCUUUAAAAUCCUGCAUGUUCAUAUAAAUUUAGAUAUAAUGCAUGUUUAGGUUAGGUUAUGUAAAUUUAGAUUCUUACGUUUAGUGCAUAUACGUGUCUUUCGCUCGUUCCGGCACUUGGCGAACUCUUCUUGUUCACUAAAUCCUAAUCACAUAGUAACUUGCAUGAAAAUUAUUAUUAUUUUAAGAUAGAAUAAUUUCUCACCUUGUGUAAUCCAACCGUACUAAUGAAUGUUCACCCUUUCCGUACUUAUAGGUUAAGAUUAAAUCAACGACACGACUAGACAUUCAAUGCAACAUGCCUUAGAAAAAGUGUCUCGAGCGAUUUACCUCCAGUUACCAGUAUAUUGAGUCACCCCUCGAUGCGCACAACAAAAUAAUUUCUUCAGCAACACUUCUUUGUUUAGCUGAUUUUCGGUUGCUGUGUAGCAACCAUGUUUUGUUUGUUUCGGUUCAGCGAGUUUUGCUGGUAUUAAACGAAAAAAAAAUUCCAACGGGGAGGAGGGUGUCGCCCUCGUAAUGAGUUUUUUCUUUGUGUUGAAUCAAAUAGAAGAUAGAUAAUAAUUAUUGUUACAUCUUAAACAUCUCAUCAUGCCCUGUACCGUGCCUACCUGUUUAACCACGGAUGGAACGUUUAAGCUUUUUCCGCGGUACGACCUGCUUUCGGAACGGUGGCUCAAGGCAAUAUAGGUCGGCACUGGACUGCCGGUAGCAGUUUGUGAUAAACAGGAACUGUCUCAGUACGAGAUCUGCGAGCAGCAUUUUACGACCGUACAGGACACGCAACCGGAAGACUGUUGGUACCAGAAACCGACACUGUUCUAUCAUUGCAACGGUGAUUUACUGGAAGUUGGUAGCUGCCGGUUGUGCUUAAACUUUCAUCCCAGUACCAAUAUGAUUGCCAUACGCAAUAUGCUGGAGGGAAAGAUUGUCCCUUCCAUUGUGUUUGAAAUAUUGAACAUUCACUUUAAGGACGAUGAUCUCCUUUUGAUGAUAUGCGGCGAAUGUAUCGCUCGUGCCGAAAUAUUACAUUCAAUCUGGGCGGCGUUUCUUGCAGCUGAGAAAGAUUUUACGAAGUUGUUAGCGACUGCACAAACCUCGGCACUGGAGAUUCACAGUAAAAUUGUUUUAGAACAUCCGUCCGUAGAUGCGUUCAUUGAUGAAACUGAACUAUGUAGUAUCGUAGAAGCUGAGAACGAACAGUCGUUACAAUUAACACUACCUCCAGAUGAACCAUUGCUUAGAUCACCUUUCAAGGAUACAGCAGUAAUCGCACCUAAAAUAAUAACCAGAUUUAGAAACUCGACGAAAUCGGUUGAAUUGAAAGCCGUCGUUGGUAGAAAGUGUUAUAUCUGCGUAACUGUUUUUGAAGACGCAAACGAGUUACUCCAACAUUUGUCGGAAGUACAUGCCACAAACGUGGGAUACCAUUGCAAAGAAUGUUUUUCCAAGUUCCGUCAGGUUAUCGCAUAUAACCGUCAUCUGGGUCGACAUGAAACAAAGGAACGACCGAACAAAUGUAGCGUCUGUCAGCUUGGAUUUUCUUCCCCAAAUCAGGUGAAGGUCCAUGAAAACAAAGUUCAUGGAAUUGAAAAUAAUGCCAAAAUUCGUUCACCAGUGACGAUAUUCAAAAGCUGUAAUAUUUGUGAUAAAACAUUCAGGUGUAACUCUAAACUGAACUUUCACAUACGAAGGGUACACAACAGCCAGGGGAUUCCUACCUGUAACAUAUGCGACAAGACCUUCACAGCUAAGUCAAGUUUGGAACGACACAUGCUUUUACACACACAAGAAAAACCUUUCGUUUGCGACUUGUGUGACACCUACUUUAGUCGUUCGCUUGAUGUUAAGAAUCAUGUAAGAAUGGUGCACGAAAGUUUAAAUCCUCACGUUUGUGAGGAAUGCAGUGAACAAUUCAAAAACUAUCACGGUCUUUGCAAGCAUCGCCAGAUUGUUAAUUUAAACAAAUCUCUGCCAGCGGUACGGUUUAAGCCGUAUCACUUGAUCUGUAAGCUCUGUAAGCGACUUCACAGAAAAUCUAGUGAACUGAUUGAACAUAUUCGACAGGACCACUCUAAUGAAACGUAUCCAUACGUAGUGUCCGGUUUGUCCAAAAACCUUUUUGUCUACGCAACAUCUGAGUUUCCAUAAAGAGAUUCAUACGGACAAGUACACCUGUAUGUACUGCGGCGCGCGCAAUGCGACAAUUCACCGGCUGCAAACCCACGUCGAAAAUCAUCACAAUGAAGAGCGUAGGUAUGACUGUCCCAUCUGCAACAGUAAAUUGUACAAAUCGGCAUCCGCCCUGCGAACGCACGUGCUCACCCAUAGCCGCGGGAAUCAAUACCGGUGCGAUAUAUGUCGGAAAGAUUUUAUGCGAAAGGAUCAGUUGAGCAUACAUCGCCGGACCCAUACAGGCGAGAAACCAUUUCAGUGUGAAAUCUGUCGGAAACGAUUCAGCGAUGGUGCAUCGUACUGCAAACACAAGAAGCGCUGCAUGCGGUUGUCUUUGAACAGUGAUGUGUCUGUUUGAGGGGCGCUGAAGGCAGAUCAUGAUCAAGAAGGAUUCACAAAGGCUGUACUAUUGAUAUUGUUUAAAUUAUAUUGUCUAUAAGGGAUACCAAAUUGUAGUAUGUGUAGUCUUUAAGAAUUUACAUCACAACAGGAUUGAAAAUAUAUUCUUCUCACUUUUUAAU